AGGAGGGGGGACAAGAAAAGCAUGAUCCUUGCACAGGAGCUCACGCCAGAUCCCUAUUUCAAACAAACAUCAGAACAAAGGGUCAUAGCAGUGGGAAAGCAGGCACUCUGUAGUGGGAGUAGUCAGAGCUCUGGUUUGUGCCGUAAGUUCAUAGACCCAUGUCUAACCCCUUCCCAAGGCAAUACAGCAAGUUUAGAACGGUCUACCUACUCCCGUUCCCCUUCUGAUCCAGGAGGGCUGGGCUGGGAGAUGGGGCUUUUCCUAGGAGAGAAGAUUGUGGAAGGUGAGAUGAAGAAGAUGAGGGGAGGGUGGUGUCAGUUAUCAUUGUCAUCUCACCUGACAGGUCAGGCCUUAGUGCAGGGCUGCCUUCCUUGGUUGAGUCAGUCAGGCCAGAGGCGGGCUGGUGAGAUACGGGUCAAAUAUUGCCAGAGUGGUGCUGUUCCUUCAUAAAGAGAGGAUGUGCUGCUCAGAGCUCAGCAAGAGUUUCAGGACCAUGGUCAAGAUGAGUGGUAAGUGGGGACCUCCUCCAGGUCUGGGAAAGACUGAGCAAAGAAGUGUUAGACACUGAGAUAGGCAUAGGUGCUGGAGGGGAGAGGGACAUGGGUCAACGGGUGGGGCAAAGGUCUCAGCAAAGGGUCAUAUAAGAAUAAAGAGAGUAAGAACUGAGACAGGGAUUCAGCUUCACCAGGACCUGAGGAUGGAUCAGGGGCUUGAAAAUGAGUUUAAUGGAGAGGGAUUUGGAGGAUGGGUCUAAGGGUUGGGUCCAUUCAAAUGAAAGGAUGGAGGGGCCAAGAAACAAAUCCUCAGGAGAAACUGUAAGGGCUGGAGACUGGAUAAGAAGGUUAAGGUAGAUCUGUGGGGUGGGGAGAGGGAUGAAGGCUUAGGGGUUCUCUCCCUUGGGCUUGUUGAUGUCUCUCCUCUUUUCUAGUGAGCUGUCCCAGCAGAAGGCUGUCUGGGUGUUGGGGAGGGUCUAAUGGACCUCCUUAGCUAGUGACCCCUAAAAAUCUUCUUCCUUUGAGGAGCUUUAGUUGCCUUGACAUUGCAAAGACCAAACACACAGGGGGCUCUCAAAACUCAGCUUUUGGGGGAAGCUCAGAGUUACAGUCCUUGCUUGGUCCACUUAAGAGCAGGCGAAACUGAGGAAAGCACAUAGCCCUUCGUGUCAGACAAGACUGGCUAACUGUGAAAGAGGAAAUUAAGUCGCUCAAGCCUUGCUACAAGGCGUUCACCAACUAUCUGAGUGAUGAGUUCUAGCCUUGAUAUCACACUAAAUACCUGGGAGGCCUGGAGAAAACAUAGGGACCAUCUGUUUCCCGUAGUUCACUUCUCACUCCCCACUCAGGGACCUGAGCCUUCCUCCCUUGCACACUCACCUUCUCACAUGUACACACACACACCCCUCUCUCCCUCUCACUUGCUUGCUCACUCUCUUCCCCACACAGCUUCACCUCCAGACCUCACAUAAGCACCCACCUUCUUGGACAUCUCAUCCUCCUCACUCACUCUCAAAUCCAGCCCAACUCACACUCCAGUUAGUGUGUCUCACUUUCCCGUGGAUUCAUACACACUCAGAACAACCACACCGUUCCACAAACACAUCCGUCACGUACAGCCAUGAACUCUGCAGUCAUACAAAGAACAGACUACAACCACCCUCCUACCCACAAACUGACAGUUAUACAUGACCACAGUCCUUUACACACUCAUAGGUAAGCACAACAUCACACUCCCCAUCAGGAGCAGAUACACAUAUAGUCAGCUAUGAACCUCCCACACCCACGAGUUUCCUGUAUGCAAGCUGUGUUCACAAUCACACAUUAAUCAGACAAAUAACACUACGGUUCACAAUGCCCUGCACAACACAAUUGCCUUCAUAUAGAUGUAAUGCCAAAUAUCUGGAUCUCCAGCCACACACUUGUCAGGCCCUGCCCUCACCUUACUGCCCUUCACCCGCUCCCACAGUAAACUAAUCCUGGAUAAACAGGUCCCAGAGCCUGGGUUCCAGAAAGACCAUGCUCUUGUUUUCUCUGCCCCCAGGAAUCUUUAUUUUGGGGAUCCUGCUAUCCAUCUCCAACUGCCUUGCCUUCUAUGAGGACCUUUUCAGGUGCUUCCAGGGCCCUGAUUACGAGAACUUCCUCCUCAUAGCCCAGAAUGGGCUCCAUGCCUCCCCACUGCCCAAGAGUGUGGUGGUAAUAGGAGCUGGCUUAGUCACCAUCUUGGAGGCCAGUAACCACAUCGGAGGUCGGGUGGUCACAGUCAGAAACAAGACGGAAGGCUGGUACUUCGAACUAGGACCAAUGCGAAUCCCAGAAAGCCACAAGCUAACCCACACCUAUGUCAAGAAGUUUGGCCUAAAGCUGAAUAAGUUCAUCCAGUAUGAUAACAACACCUGGUACCUAUUCAAUGGACAGCGUUAUCGUGCCUGGGAAGUCGAAGCUAACCCAGAGAUCUCGGGCUAUUCCACAGACCCCACAGAGAAGAACAAAACUGCCCAAAACCUCUUCGACCAAGCAGUCAUUAAGAUCAAACAAGAUGUGAAGACAUUUAACUGCAGCCAACUGAUGUCCCUUUAUGACUCUUAUUCUACCAAGGCUUAUCUGGUGAAGGAAGGAAAGCUGAGCAAAGGAGCAAUCAAGAUGAUCGGGGAUUUGUUGAACGAGGACCCUGGAUACCACAAGUCCCUCCUGGAGUCCCUAAGGAGUCCUAAUACCUUUUCCAGAACUGAUGAAUUUUCAGAGAUCACUGGUAGCUUUGACCAACUCCCCAAUGGCUUCAAUGCUAGUCUGAAGUCUGGCACCAUCCGUUUGAGAUCCAGAGUAGAAGCAGUGGUGAGGAACAGGUCAAAGGUUGAAGUUUUAUACCGCACCAAUGAGCCUAUCUUCCCACUGCGCAAACUCACUGCUGACUAUGUCAUCAACUCAGCCUCCGCCAAGGCCACACGCCUCAUCACCUUCCAGCCACCCCUGUCUCCAGACAAAGCACAUGCCCUGCGCUCCGUGCAUUAUACCAGUGCCACCAAGGUGGUUUUUGUGUGCAACGAAUGCUUCUGGGAACAGGAUGGCAUCCAGGGAGGCAACUCUAUCACAGACCGGCCCUCACGCUACAUUAUCUAUCCCAGCCACAGCCUGCCAGGUGGCAAGGGCAUGCUGCUGGCCUCUUACACUGUGGGCGAUGAUUCUUUCUUCUUCGCUGCCAUGAAGCCUGACCAGGUGGUGAAUAUUAUCCUGGAUGAUCUGGCUGCCGUGCAUCACAUACCCAAGGAGGAGCUAAAGCACAUGUGCCCAAAAGCAACAGUCAAGCACUGGGGGUCUCUAGACCCCCUCACCAUUGGUGCAUUUGCUGAGUUCACACCCUACCAAUUUGUGGACUAUUUGAAGCAGCUCUCCCAGCCAGAGGGUCGCAUCCACUUUGCUGGAGAGCAUACCGACCUGCCCCACGGCUGGAUAGACACUGCCAUCAAGUCUGGCCUCCGGGCUGCCAAGGACAUUCAGGCCAUGGUGGAUGAGGAGGUUACUCAGGGAUAGAUGCCUCCCUAGAGGCCUUUUACCAACAAUUGGGGUGUUUUCCCCCCAAAAAAGUCUGCAGGGGAGUCUGGAAGAGGAGACUGGAAGAUGAAAGGAGGCAGAAACCCAGGAGAGAGGUCAUCGCUGGUCUCUUGUUGCAAGCAGGAGCGAGCUGGGAAGCUGGCAAGAGACAUUGCACCUUUCCUGUCUUGCUCUCUGCCUAGCUCUCUACAGGAAACAACAGAGCUGGGGUGCAUGGGGGCACGGGUGGGAGUCAAGGCUGGAGAAUCUCAGAAUCAUCCUUUAGCUUGAAGGAAAUUGUCUCCUUCUGCAAAACAAUAACAAACAAAGAAAAGAAAAGCUUCUGCACCUGGCUUGUGUCACUUAAAACUAGAAGUUCCUAAACAAGCAGAGAAACCCCAAGGUACUGGCACACUGAUGGGCACACUGACACUCGCGCUUACACCCACCAUACUUGCAAAUUCCAUCAUUCAGCCAAAGGCCUCUCAUUUUGGCCCAAUGUGGGUGGAAAAGGAGGGGGCCUUCUUAACGGCUUCUUUUCUGCUGUGUGUUAGUGGGAUCUCAGCUACCCUGAGAGACUCUCUCCCCCUCACCAGCCAGACCCCCUACCCAUAGCAACCACAGUUAGCACACAGUCCUGAGGGGACCCCAUGCUCAUUACAAUUCCCUCUCCACUCAUCCCCUCACCAAAACCCACCUGUCUUUACCAAACCAGCCUAUGUUGUCAUCCUUCCUCAAACAUUCUGUCAACCCCUCCCCAACUCCAAGGUCCUCUCUCUUCUGAGCCACAAUUCUUCUCUUCUAGAAUGCCAAAUGAACCGAAGACCUUACUGAGAUUGUGUCCCCAGCCAGAUUGGAAGACCCCCUAAGGGCUGAGAUUACAUAUUUUAUGGUGUGUGUAUGGUGUUUCGCGCGCGUUCGCGCGCACGCCUUGCACACAUGCUAUUUCCUUUAGCGUGCCAAUACUUACUAAAUAAGUCAUACACCUGGCACCAUAUCAUACCUGGCUGAGAAGCAGAAACACAGAGAGUAUGAAACUGAAAAUCAACCCCCUUCUGCCUGCCUCACUAUGUGGUCAGAGAUCAAUUCCCAAAACCGACUCAAUUUUUGUUGCAAAUUUUUAGAAACUAAGAGUUAUUCCUUGGUCUUGGGGAAUCGACUAAGUUAAAAGGAAUGGUAAACUGAGUCACAAGCACUCCUCAUUUGACAGACUCUGGAGGACCCAGGAGGAAGCAUGAUGACGUGCUGGCUGGGGUUUUGUGGAGGACUAGCAUAAGAUAUGGGAGGAAGGAGGAGGGAAAGAAAAUUCACGUUUUCUACUGCAACAUGGCCCAUUGUUAAAUCUAGAUGUCUCUUCUUUGAAUAGCCAACUAUCACUGACAGUCAGGACAUUUUUAGUUCCAAGUGACAGAAAUCAAACUGGGGCUUUCAGGUGUGUGUAUCCCUUGUUCAGAAGUCCAGGAUGAAGUUGCUUUUAUCAGAGUUACUAGGCUUUAGACUGAAAAAAUGGUGUUAAGGACCCACAGUCUACAUCAUAGUGGACCCUACCCUCUUCUCUGUUACAGACACACACACCUGUGCUAUGACAUAUACAAAGACUCAAAAGAAUGGGCUCUCCAGCAGUGCAAACAAUAAGACACACACUUGGUUAAGUUGUUACUGCAAGCAAGCCAGGUACUCUUUGGGACCUGGAAAUACACUCGACCACCAUUGCCAGGGUUAAGCUGCUGUACCUGGAGAUAGGAAUCUGCACGGGGGAACUCUCUAAGGGGUAUCUUGGUGACAUUAAACAGUCACCCUUCCCUUGGAGGUUAACCCAGGGUGAGCUUAAACUGACCCCUUUUACAACUGUUAGGGUUGGAAGUGGAGCUUAUUGUUUGAUUAGUUCCAAUCCCAGCAUAAUAUAGGGAUUUGGAGUCUAGGCAUAGCCAGCAGUUUCUAUCUGGGUCUGGCUAAGAAUGGUAAAGAAACAAUACCCUCCAUAUAAGAUACCAAAUUCCAAGGGACUGGCUUCUGCUGCUCCUUGGCUUUUAGCCUCAAGGUUACUGAGGGAGUUCCUGGGCAAAUUUGAGUUUUAGGGCUUACAUUUACCACCUUGGAGGGAUCGUAUCUCAGGAUGCUAAGUUGGGGCUGGUUUCAGGCCAAUGGGCCAUUUAACCCAAUGGGCCAGGUGACCCUAGGAGCAAUGACAGUAAAACAUAUUCAUAGCACACACAUGGGAAUCCUACAAUCAGUGUUUAAAAUUGGUCACCCCCACAUUGUGAAUGUCAUAUAUUGGGGACCAUCCUUGACAAAAACACCACUUGCCAGGUUAGGGGCACUGGGAUUAGAAAUGUAAGUAAAGAGUAUGAAGAUGUUAAAAUAAUAAAGCAGAAACCAUAGAAUAGUACCAGGAAAAGUUCCAAUGAAUAAUGAAAUCACCCACGUUUAAUUUCCAAUUGUUUAAAAUACCCUGACCCCAAGAGGUAGGAAUAAGAUAAAAACUGAAUUAAGAUGAUACAAGGAAAUGAAAAGACUAGUUGAAGGUCACAGGCUACAUUAACAGUUAAACAUUCUGUUGCUAGGGACAAACAAGUCACGCUCACCAACCCUAGACCAAACAUUCUGUAGGCAAAACCACUUCCUGGGUGGAAUCCAAAGUUAUCUGCUUAAAGGAACUGGAGCUUAGUUGGAUUCUCAGACUUUUGUUUGGAGUAAAAACAUAUCUACUUCUCUAUACUGGAAAUACAAGGUGUGGAUAUUAGCCACACCUGUUGACAAUCACCUUGAGAGAGAUCUGAACUCUCUGAUCUAAAUCUAAGUGGAGAGCUCCGA